UUUAGAGACUCGACCCAUUUAUGUAGAAGUGCAUUAAGAAAGGAUUUCCCUAAGAUUAGAGGGACAUAAAGUUGGAAAAAGCUAAUAAGUACAAGUCAAAAUGUCCGAGUGUGAAAAGCUGCACCCUGAAUAUGAUAUGCAGCCCUGGCUGAGGAGCUGCGAGGUUGAAGUCAAGAAACCUAUCACCGGAGAAAUAAAAGGUACAAUUCCAAAAUGGUUGCAAGGCACUUUCAUCCGCAAUGGACCAGGCUCUAUCAAGUGUGGCGACGAGGAGUUCGUGCAUGUAUUUGACGGACCAGCACUUUUACACAGGUUCGCAUUGAAAAACGGUCAAGCGACAUACCAAUGUCGCUUCCUAAGCACGGAUACCCUCAAAAAGAACAGGAAAGCACAACGCAUCGUCGUUUCUGAAUUCGGUACGAGAUCUGUACCGGACCCGUGCCAUACUAUUUUUGAUAGAUUGGCGUCAGUUUUCAGCCCCUAUAACAGCAUCACGGAUAACGCUGGAGUGUCAGUAUGCCCAUUCGGCGAUGAGGUUUACGCCAUGACCGAAGUGACCAAUGUUUACAAAAUUGAUCCAGAGACUUUGGAAUCGCUAGAAAAAGAAAAUUUGUUCCAUGCAUUGAUCGUGUGCCACACUGCGCAUCCACACGUGAUGCCAAACGGGGAUAUAUACAAUGUUGGUAUAAACAUAGUCAGAGGAAUGAUGAAGCAUGUUAUUGUGAAGUUCCCGUACAGUGAAAAAGGAAACAUGUUUAAAAUGGCAGAAGUCGUCCACACAAUAGAUCCCAGAUGGCGUCUCAAUCCAUCUUACAUGCAUUCUUUCGGUGUGACGGAAAACUAUUUUGUGAUAAUAGAGCAACCAUUAUCCAUAUCGCUAGUCACUAUACUGAGGAAUCACGUGCUCAACCAUCCCUUCUCGACUAGUCUGAACUGGUAUCCUGAUUAUGAGAAUCAAAUCGUCCUUGUGAAUCGUAGCACUGGUGAAGUGAUUCGGUAUCGUACUGAGACGUUUUUCUUUAUGCACGUAAUCAACACUUUCGAGAAAGACGGCAAUCUCAUCAUCGACGUAGUCUCCUACAAAGAUGCUAAGAUCAUCGACGCUAUGUACGUGGAGGCUAUAAAGGAUUUGCACAAUAACCCUGACUACGGGCAAUGGAGUCAAAGUCGUCCCAAGCGCAUCACAAUCCCGCUAGACGCCCCUCCCGACACCAGGGUGGAGAUCAAACUGAUAGCAGAAGUCGGUCUUGAAGCCCCCAGAAUAUAUUAUGAUGUUCACAAUGGACGUCCAUAUAAAUAUUUUUAUGGAAUUGGAUCAGAGGUGCAUUCCAAAUACGCUGGCUCAAUUAUCAAAGUAGAAGCAAAUACAGGAGAAGUCAAAACAUGGCACGAGUAUGACGGAUGCCCAAGUGAACCUAUGUUUGUUCCUCACCCCGAUGCGAAGGAGGAAGAUGAUGGGGUUCUGCUGAGCGCAGUACUGUGGGGUAAGGACGACCACGCAAUAACACUUCUAGUGUUAAACGCUAAGGAUUUGAAGGAAAUCGCGCGGACAACCUUCAAGACACCUUCACCAGCGCCCAACGGUUUCCACGGCUGGUACUGGCCAGAUAAGUACAUAUAAAGCCAACCAACAUAUUAUAA